AGGUGUUGGCAGUUGCCGUUCGUGUUGCGUGUCGUUUUAUUUUUAAAUACAUAAUAUACUGAACUUUAUGAAUGAAAAACGUCUUUAAACUGAAACAUGCCUUUUUACUUCUAUAAUUCAAUGAAUGUUUAAUUCGGAGACUGGCAUAGCAUUAUGCAACUCAUGUCAUCUGACAGAGAUAAAAUUUAUUUUGGAAGAUUAUUGUGUAGCAGCAAUGAAACGUGAUAGACGCAGUAGGUAGCAGCAAAGAAAAUAUAUAGUAGUGGGUGCAAAAUGAGAGCCAGGCGGGAGACAAUGAUCGUGGGCGCGCUGUGCGCGGCGUGGUACACCCUGAGCUCGGCGAGCAACGUGGUGGGCAAGCUGGUGCUGACGGAGUUCCCGUUCCCCGUGACGGUGACGCUGGUGCAGCUGCUGUCGACGGUGGUGUACAGCGCGCCCGCGUUCGCUGUGGCCGGUGUGCGGCGCGCGCCUUCCUUCCCGCUACGUUUCUACUGGCGCGUCCUGGUGCCCUUGGCCUUCGCCAAAUUCCUUACCACUAUGUUUUCACAAGUCUCCAUAUGGAAAGUGCCUAUCUCGUAUGCUCAUACAGUGAAAGCGACGACGCCGCUGUGGACGGCGGGGCUGGCCUACGCGCUGUUCGGCGAGCGCGCGCCGCGCAGCGUGCAGGCGGCCCUGCUGCUGCUGGCGGCCGGCGUGGCGCUGGCCUCGGCCACCGAGCUGCACUUCGACGGGCUCGGCCUGGGCGCCGCGCUGGCCGCCGCCGCGCUGCUCAGCCUGCAGCAUCUCUACUCCAAGCGCGUCAUGCGCGACACUGCUGUGCACCACCUGCGCCUUCUGCAGAUGCUGAGCGGCAUCGCGCUGGUGCCGGUGGUGCCGGUGUGGGCGCUGAGCGAGGGCGCGGCGGCGCUGGGCGCGUGGGGCGCGGGCGGGGCGGGGGGCGCGGGCGGGGCGUGGGGCGCGGGGGGCGCGCGCACGGCCGCGCUGCUGGCGGCCGACGGCGCGCUGGCGUGGCUGCAGGCCGUGGCCGCCUUCAGCGUGCUGUCGCGCGUGUCGCCGCUGGCCUACGCCGUGGCGUCGGCCGCCAAGCGCGCCGCCGUGGUGCUGGCGUCGCUGCUGCUGCUGCGCAACCCCGCGCCGCCGCUCAACCUGCUGGGCAUGGCGCUGGCGCUGCUGGGCGUGCUGGCCUACAACCGCGCCAAGCUGCGCAACCCCGCGGCGCCGCUGCUGCCCGUGUGACGCGCGCCGCCCGUCCCGUUCGCGCCCAGUCUGCUAGUUUGUUCAUUUAAAAACGAAUACGAAUAUAAUUUUUUACUAGAGCGAAGCGGCGCCGACAGUACACGUAUUAGAUAGAUAGAUUAAUGAUAAUUGUUGCGAAUCGAUGGUGAAAGUUGAUCAUGAAAGAGACAGUUCUAUGUUCUAUGUACCUACGUUAUAAUAUUUUCUUAAAAAAUCUUUAUAACUUCUGCGAAAUAAUUAAAAACAUGCCGCAUCUCGCCUGGAGUUGAACGGGAAUGAAAUUUUGCGGAGUUUACUGUGAGAUCAAACUUUUUGAAGUCAUACUUCUUUUGGCGCGACGAAGAAAAAUGAUGAGAGUGAAUUUUUACGAUGCG